AUGGCUCCAGCACCAAUAGACGAGCGAAUCACGGACGUAGCCGAGCCACGCAAGGAUACCCUGGGACUCCCCGAGCCUACCUUGUUGCGCUUCAAGAAGGGCGGCGUCGACCUGUCCAAUGGCUACCCAUAUCGUCCAUCGCGGCCACUCUACCUCCAAGACGUCCUCGAAAUCCGCAAAGACCCCUGGGAGCACCAUGAAGCUGGAGCACGAGCUGACAAGUCCAAGACUGCCCUGCUGUCCGCUGCGACGAAAGUCACGGACCUGACUACGCAUAUCGGAACUGAAAUCGAGGGCCUCCAGCUCAAGGACCUGACAGACCAGCAGAAAGACGAGCUGGGCCUCCUGAUCGCCGAGAGAAGCGUGGUCUUCUUCAGAGACCAGGACCUGUCGCCACAGCAGCAGCUCGAUCUGGGGAAGCACUUCGGAGUGCCAGAAGUCCACCCCCAAGGCCCGCAGGUUCCCGGCGAGCUCGGCAUAACAGUGAUCUGGCCCGACCUCCAGGCGACAGAGCGGUCCGUUAACUUCAGAAAUCCAGGCGGAGCGUCAAGAUGGCACAGCGACCUCGUGCACGAGAUCCAGCCGGCCGGCAUCACGCACCUGCACAACGACACCGUGCCGCCGAUCGGGGGCGACACGCUGUGGGCGAGCGGCUACUCGGCGUACGAGAAGCUGUCGCCCGACUUCCGGAAGAUCAUCGACGGGAAGUUCGCCGUGUACAAGUCGGCCCACACGUACCUCGACCGCAACGACAAGGAGGCCGGCCCGAAGCACAUCGAGCGCGUGCACCCGCUUGUGCGUGUCCAUCCCGCUACCGGGUGGAAGGCCCUGUGGGUGAACCGCCUCUUCACCGAUCGCAUUGUUGGUCUGGACCGUGGCGAGAGCGACGUCAUUCUGAAGUAUCUGUUUGAUACCUAUGAGCAGAAUGUCGAUAUUCAGGUCCGCUUCAGGUGGACGCAGGGCACGAGUGCUCUGUGGGACAAUAGAAUCACAAUUCACAAUGCGAGCUGGGACUACGGUGGUAAGCACCCCAGACACGGUACACGCGUAACAUCGCUUGCCGAAAAACCAUACUACGACCCUUCCGCACCCACUAGGCGAGAGGCUCUGGGCUUGUUGAAUGAGGGCGAGAAGCAGGUUGAUGGGCCGGCAUAA